UAAUUUGUUGCAGCUCUCGCUCCCAGCUGAUAGGGUGACGUGGAGUUUGGAGGCUCGCAGAUUGGCUUUUUGAUUUGGCUUCUUGCUGCAGUUGUGCAAACCUCGCUGGCUCCCAGGAACCCGGCUCAGCGCCUUGCCGUGCUCCGUAAUGCUGGGAAGCCUGGACGGAGCCCCGGUGGUGUGAGAGCGGGAGCGGGGGAAGCCCGGCACAUUCAGUGGCAAUCUGGGGUACAAUCCAUUUUCUCUUUCCCCCUCCCUCGACCCCCGUUCAUCUCCAUCCUCCUCCCCCUCCGCCAGACCUCCCUUCCCUCCCCAAACUCCACCGCACGGAGCUGAAGAUCAAGGCUGGUGGAUUUAUCAACAUUUUACAUCCACCCCUCACCCCCUUUUCCAGAUGCACCUCCCCGCUCACCCUGACAGCUGCAAAAGAGAGCACAGGUUUUGUAGCGAGCAAGGCAACUUGGACUGACAUGCAAAGGCGAACCCCCCCAUGCCCGCACGCACCGUCGGUGAAUCACCGGGAGAUGCGAUGAGCUCCCGUUAGGAACCGGAAGGAUUUGUACUGGGGAGAGAGCGGAGCCCCCACCUCCCCCAGCCCGACCCUCCAAAAAAGUCAGGAAAGCAAGCAGAAGGGUUCUCGGCCUUUUUGGAUCUACACAGUGGAAAUUGCAUCUUGUGUAUGGCGUGGUUAAGCUUGCAGCCUGUCACCUCGGCCUUCCUCCAUUUUGGGCUGGUUACUUUUGUGCUGUUUUUGCAUGGUUUGCAGGUGGAUGCUGGCCUGACGGGAGACUCAACCAGUUCAGUACAAAACAGCUCGUGUUCAGGAUCUUUUGACUGCAAGGAAGGUGUUAUCCUGCCAAUAUGGUACCCAGAAAACCCAUCCCUUGGGGACAAAAUUGCUCGUGUUAUUGUAUACUUUGUAGCACUGAUCUACAUGUUCCUUGGAGUCUCCAUCAUUGCAGAUCGUUUCAUGGCAUCUAUAGAGGUCAUUACAUCACAAGAAAAAGAAAUAACGAUUAAGAAACCCAAUGGAGAAACCACAACGACCACCAUUCGGAUUUGGAAUGAAACUGUUUCCAACUUGACCCUCAUGGCUCUGGGCUCCUCUGCUCCUGAGAUCCUUCUGUCUCUGAUAGAAGUGUGUGGGCAUGGAUUCGUAGCUGGAGACCUGGGGCCAUCUACAAUUGUUGGCAGCGCUGCUUUCAAUAUGUUUAUCAUCAUUGCCAUCUGUGUCUAUGUGAUCCCUGAUGGGGAAACCAGAAAGAUAAAACACCUGAGGGUUUUCUUUGUCACAGCUGCUUGGAGCAUCUUUGCUUACAUCUGGUUGUACAUGAUCCUUGCUGUCUUCUCUCCAGGUGUGGUUCAGGUCUGGGAAGGUCUGCUCACACUUUUCUUCUUCCCACUUUGUGUCCUUCUGGCUUGGGUAGCAGAUAGACGUCUGCUUUUCUACAAGUAUAUGCACAAAAAGUACCGAACUGACAAGCACAGGGGCAUUAUCAUAGAAUCAGAAGGUGAUCACCCUAAGGGAAUUGAGAUGGAUGGCAAGAUGUUGAACUCUCACUUUCUAGAUGGAAACUUAGUGACUGUGGAGGGGAAGGAGGUAGAUGAAUCUCGCAAAGAGAUGAUCCGUAUCCUUAAGGACCUGAAGCAAAAGCACCCAGAAAAGGACUUGGACCAGCUGGUAGAGAUGGCUAACUACUAUGCCUUGUCUCAUCAGCAAAAGAGCAGAGCCUUUUAUCGCAUUCAAGCUACCAGAAUGAUGACAGGAGCUGGCAAUAUUCUGAAGAAGCACGCAGCUGAGCAAGCCAAGAAGAGCACCAGCUUGCAUGAGGUGCAGCCAGAUGAACCUGAGGAAUUCAUCUCCAAAAUUUAUUUUGACCCAUGCUCCUACCAGUGUCUUGAGAACUGUGGUGCUGUUCUCCUGACAGUGGUGCGGAAAGGAGGGGACAUGUCCAAGACCAUCUAUGUGGACUAUAAAACAGAGGAUGGCUCUGCCAAUGCUGGUGCUGACUAUGAGUUCACAGAGGGGACUGUUGUCUUGAAAUCAGGAGAGACCCAGAAGGAGUUCUCAGUGGGAAUUAUUGAUGAUGACAUCUUUGAGGAAGAUGAGCAUUUCUUUGUGCGGCUCAGUAACCUCCGUGUGGUGGAGACUGAGGAACCGCCAGAGCUCAGUAACUCCCCAUACCCAAAGGCCAUAUUGGCUUCUCCUUGUGUGGCCACAGUGACUAUACUGGAUGAUGACCAUGCUGGCAUCUUCACAUUUGAGUGUGAUGUUAUACACGUCAGUGAGAGCAUUGGUGUGAUGGAAGUCAAAGUCCUAAGGACAUCAGGUGCUCGGGGUACAGUUAUAGUGCCAUUUAGAACAGUAGAAGGGACAGCAAAAGGAGGUGGAGAAGACUUUGAAGACACCUAUGGGGAGCUGGAGUUCAAGAAUGAUGAAACCGUCAAAACAGUUCACAUCAAGGUAAUUGAUGAUGAGGAGUAUGAAAAAACCAAGAAUUUCUUCAUUGAGCUGAUGAGUCCCCGCAUGGUGGAUAUGAGUUUACAAAAAGCCUUGCUGCUCACCCAAGAGGUGGCUGAGAGGAAGCUAACAGUUGAAGAGGAGGAAGCCAAGAGGAUUGCAGAGAUGGGCAAGCCAAUACUCGGCGAGCAUCCCAAACUAGAGGUCAUCAUUGAGGAGUCCUACGAGUUCAAGAACACUGUGGACAAGCUGAUUAAGAAGACAAACCUGGCUUUGGUUGUAGGGACACAUUCCUGGAGGGACCAGUUCAUGGAGGCCAUUACCGUCAGCGCAGGUGAUGAGGAUGAGGAUGAGUCUGGUGAGGAGCGCCUGCCAUCCUGCUUUGACUAUGUGAUGCACUUCCUGACCGUCUUCUGGAAGGUGCUGUUUGCCUGCGUGCCCCCCACUGAGUACUGCAACGGCUGGGCCUGCUUCAUUGUCUCCAUCCUCAUCAUCGGCAUGCUCACAGCUGUCAUCGGUGACCUCGCCUCCCACUUCGGCUGCACCAUUGGCCUCAAGGACUCAGUGACUGCCGUCAUCUUUGUCGCCUUUGGCACUUCUGUACCAGACACGUUCGCCAGCAAAGCCGCAGCCAUUCAGGAUCUGUAUGCCGAUGCCUCCAUCACCAACGUCACAGGCAGCAAUGCUGUCAACGUCUUCUUGGGCAUCGGGCUAGCAUGGUCAGUGGCAGCAAUCUACUGGGCGUCGCAGGGGCAGGAGUUCCAGGUGUCAGCGGGCACCCUGGCCUUCUCUGUCACCCUCUUCACCAUCUUCGCCUUCAUCUGCAUCAGUGUCCUCCUCUACCGCCGGCGGCCCCACCUCGGGGGGGAGCUGGGUGGCCCCCGGGGGUGCAAGCUGGCCACGACGUUUCUCUUCGUCAGCCUCUGGCUGCUGUACAUCCUCUUCGCCACCCUGGAGGCCUAUUGCUACAUCAAGGGGUUUUAGGCAGUGGAAGGACGGUGCCUCCAGGGGGAGGGACACCCCUCCUCCAUUACCUCACUGGACACCGGUCCUGGAAGCAUGGUUUCAUGGGAGGCGACGGCUGCCCAUCGAAGGCUGCCACUGCCCAGGCGGUCACACAGCUGGGUGCCAAGAAGGGCAAACCCAUCACAACGUGAAGAAACAACCAAACAGACAAAACCCACCCAAAAUGAUACAAAAGAAAAGGAAGCAACAAUGGCAAGUGUUGAAAUAAAACAAACCACAAUAAACCCAGCCACUGAGCCCACUCAGUGAGAUGACCUAGCCUCAAGUCAUCUCUGAAGGCCACCUCCCCACAGGGGCUUGUCUCCUUUCCUCCCAAGCACCCCUCUGCUGUAAGGAGAUGUUUUCUUAUUUUCACUAGUUGGGAAUUGCAGAAGUCUGAUGAGGAAUUUGUGGGUUUUUUCUCUUUCCAUUUGCUCGUUGCUUUUCGGUUUGGGGGGAGCCGCUGCUCGAGUUCAUUUUUGUUUCCCUUUUUUACUACUUAAACAGAAAAAUGUUAAAAAUUUAAACUCUGAACCUUUGAGCUGCCGUCAGUGCUGGAAUUGAACAUGUGUAUUUUCUGAAGCCACACAAGAAUAUGACACAGUCAAAGAACUUUUUCACUAUUGCCCAUUCCCUCCCCUGCCGCCUUCCAUUUCUUUCCAAGAACAUCACAAGACUGAUAUAUUUUUAAUACAGAGACACAGACACACAUUUAGUGACAAAGGCUGGAGCAUGUAGCAUCUCAAUCACCUGCCUGGGCUAAGAAAAAAGGAGAACACCCCUCCCCCCCCCCCCCCAGCCCUCUAAUAUAAUACGUACCAUGUAUAUUUUGACUAUGGCAUUUCUCUUUGUAUAAUUAACUUCUAGCUUGUGAUAUUGCAGGGAGAGAAAAAUUAUGUUCAUUUUCAACUGAUAGAGAAAUAAAUGGCUACCCAGGAAUAGCCUCCCCUGCAAGGAGAGAGGUGUCCAAGGAAAGCAGCACCAGCUCCUUGGAAUGGUGGUGGCGGUGGGUUUGCUGCGCAGUCCUUCUGCUCGGAGGUGGAAAUGAAUUCAGGAGCACCUGGGAUAGUGUGCCCAUGUGUUCCCAGCACCAGCCUGCCCGAGCUGUGGUGUGGCUGUCCUUUCACUCCUUUAGUACCCCGGUUUUCACAGCACCCUCAUCUCGCUGGUGCUCUUGAGGCCAUUGAAAGGCAUGGGCUUAAAAGCUGCCACCCGUGUCAGGACUUCUCGAUCAUCUUGAGUACCGUUAAGAACACCAGACAGACAAAGAGGCAUCCUUCUCAUUUGAAGUGCAUUUCUUUUUAAGGAAAAACAAACAAACAAACCACCACGAAAGUGUGUCAUGAAUUACAUCAAUGGCUGCAAAUAGAAAUGUUGGGUUGGUAAUAAAAAUAAAUAAAAACUAUGCCUAUAUCUAUAAAAAUAGUGA